CCAGCCCACGGGUGGUUGCAGUGUUAGAUCCGUCCGCCUGAGCCAGAGGGAGCAGUGAACCCGACGCCACGCGCCAUGUCCGACGAGUCGCCGCCGCCGGCGCAGGCCCCCGAGAAGAGCCAGCCCGCCGAGCAGGCGUCCGGCGGGUGGGGUGGGUGGGGUCUCUCCAUCUUCUCCGAGAUCUCCCGCAACGCGGUGGAGGUUGCGAAGAGUGCCAUCGCCGAUAUUCAGCAGCCGCCGGAGCAGGACGCCGGACCCGGCGGCGGGGAGAAGGAGAAGGAACAGGAGGGGGAGGAGGAGGAGCGACGCAAGGCGGCGCUGGACAAGCUGGAGAAGGCCAGUGAGGACUCAAUCCUAGGCCAGGGGAUGAAGGUCUUUGAUAGCUCGGUGGAGAGCAUCACGACCGGGACUUGGCAAGCGCUUGGGAGCGCAUGGAAGAGUGGCUCACUAUUUGUUCAAAAAUUGGAGAAUUCAGCGUCAAGCCUGGCUGAAACCAUUCAGCAAGGAGAACUACCUGUCAAAGCAUCCACGAUAGCACCGACCAUUUUAGAGACAGGGAAGUCAUUUACAGCAAAAGGAAUGGAAGUGCUUGAACGUGUUGGAAAAGAGACAAUGGAGUUUAUCGUUGAAGAGACUGGUAUGGAAGUUGAUAAAGGUAGUGCCGGUGAAGGUGACCAGCAGACAGAAGAGGAGCAGUUUGAAGAAGUCUCGUUUGACAGAUGCUUCUAUAUUUAUGGUGGACCUGAUCAAUUAGAGGAGCUGGAAGCACUAUCAAGCCACUAUGCAUUGUUGUUUAAUAGGAAAAAGGGGAAACUUAAUGCUGAGCAGAAAACAUAUUACGAUGGACAGCUCAAAGAAAUACAACAUGUUGUCAGUCUUAGUGUCAAUGCUGAGGAAGAUGGACCAGACUCUGACAAGGGGAAGAAGAUUGAAUCAGCUGAUACUGACGCUGAUGCUGAGAUGAAGAAAUUAUGUGAAUCAAGUGUUAGCAAGGCUGCAAAGAUGGCUGCAGGGUUCACCAAUGCCUUGGGUGGGCUUUCUCCGAAUGAGAUUAUCAAACGAACAACUAAUAGGCUAGAGACCAUUCACUCAGAGGGUGUUCAUAGAUUAUCGGAGAUGUGCUGCCUCGCAGUUUCUCAGCUUCUGGUACUUGGGAAGUCGGUAAUAUCUGCAGCGAACAAAUCAAAUAAUGAAGAUGAUGAAAACGACACCAAAAUUGAUUGGCCUGAAGAUCCUAUUUCAAAAGCUAAAAUAAUCAGAUGGAAGGCGCAAUCCAUCUCUGUGGAUAUGGAAAAGGUCUCUACUAGUUUUGCUACAGGAAUCUCGGAUGUUGCUGAGGCUUAUGCAGCAGCUAUACAAAAUGCUCUCGCUGACAAGCAGGAUGAUCUCCCAAAUCAUAAGUCGGUGCAGGAGAAGGCUAAAUCCAUAUCCAGCCAUCUAAAUUCCGAUCAGAUUAGCGCUGUCAGCAAGCUACAGGACGCCCUGCAAUCCCUGGCCUACGUCGUCGUUUGCACAUCCAUGCCAAGUGUGUGAUUGUGGAGUUCCUUCUCAACAUUGCUGUUAUUGUUAACAACCCUUUCUGUACAUUUUGGGUGGGCGUUCCCUUUAGGGUUUGUAGAAGUAGGGCCCCCAGCUAUCGAACCACACUAGGUGUGAUUGUUGGUUGUCGUGUUGUAUUUCGUGGCACUUGGAAAAUUGUUGCUCUCUAUUUUUCUCUGAGAACAAUGAAUUACUGAUGUUCAAUAUGCAAGUGAACUGAGAUAUUCAACCAUCGCCGAUGGUUUAGUGUUCAGUUCGGUUUGGAUUCUGUUUA